AUGAAUGUAUCCUGCUUUGGAUUCAGAAUACUAGUCGAUUUUGCUUCAUUGGUUAUAGCUCUUUCUAUCACCAAAAGAAAAGACUAUAACAAAAACCUAAAUGUGAAGCCUGGAACUAAAAUGGCUCGAAUUUGGUCCCGAACCAAUUGUGCCUUUGACAAAUCAGGUCGUGGCCGGUGCCAAACCGGAGAUUGUGGAGGACUCCUCCAAUGCCAAGCCUAUGGUUCACCCCCAAACACCCUAGCCGAGUAUGCCCUAAACCAAUUUGGCAACAAGGACUUUUUCGACAUUUCACUUGUAGACGGGUUCAAUGUUCCAAUGGAAUUUAGUCCCACGUCUAAUGGGUGCACCAGGGGGAUCAAAUGUGCUCAAGAUAUCAAAACGCAGUGCCCUAAUGAGUUGAAGGCUCCAGGUGGCUGCCACAACCCUUGCACUGUGUACAAAACUGACAAGUAUUGUUGCAAUUCUGGGAGAUGUGGGCCUACAAAUUUGUCCAAGUUUUUUAAGGAUCGGUGUAGGGAUGCUUAUAGUUACCCUAAAGAUGAUCCAACUAGCACUUUUACUUGUCCUGGUGGGACUAAUUACAAGGUUGUGUUCUGCCCUUGAAUCACGUUGUUUCUCCAAGUUAUGUUGUGUGG